UUACGAAAUUCUUCAUCACGAUGAAAGAAGCUCAAAUUCGUGUUUUUUUAUUGGGUUGCCUUUUUGCCAUAUUUCAAGGGUUUAAUUCAGUAGAUUCAGUCCAUGGAAAGUUAAUUGGCUUUAAACGAGAAGCAAUUAAUUUUACCUGGUUCUUGGGUUCACCUAUCAAGAAAGCAUAUUUUGGCAAAUACAACGACGAUAAUACUGUAGAAACGGCUUACCUGACGGUAAUAGUCAACAAUAGAAGUACUAAUAUUUACCCAAACACCCAUGACGUUAAUGCAGGUCCUUAUCUCGGCCGAGUUCGAUGGUAUGGUAAUGUUGAUACGGGACUGGCUAUCUUUGAACUAUCUAAAAUACAAGACUCUGAUCAAGGAUUUUACGGCAUUGAGACAGUUGAGAAAGACAUUACAACUGUGAACUCAGCUCAACUCAUUGUAAAGACUCCGUCUAUAUUUACCUAUAGUCCAAGGAGUGUAUCCACGGUUCGUGGUGGCCAAGUUGAGUUCACUUGGAAAUACAAUCUCAACGAUGACGAUCGUACAAAUCUCUCAAAGAUUCGAUUUGGUGUGUACAAACGAGGUCAUUUCGAGAAGUUAUGUGAAAUUAAGGUUGCCCGAGAGCUAGUCAAGAGUACAAAUUGUUUGACAAGACACCUUAAAGCAACUACUAAAGUGACAUUUAUAAAAGAUAAUGUCGAUUUUGAUGAUGAAGCGGUGUAUGGGAUUAUACUGAAUGGAACUUACCGAGACAUGCGUAGUAACACCAAACUAAUAGUUAAUGACCCGCCAAAAAUCAUUACCAAACCCAAAGAUGUAGUCGCUACGGAGAAUUUUAAGCUAAAUCUCACGUGUCAAGUAACAGGAAAGCCACGCCCACUCAUUAACUGGACAAGGGACGGUUUAACGGUCCAGAAAAGCUAUCAGAGUACAUAUACUGUCAGAUAUACACAACUGAAGGAUGCUGGGAAAUAUCAGUGUAUUGCAAGUAACAUCGUUGGAAGUGUGACGUCGUCUUCAUUCGUUGUAGAUGUUCAUUAUGCCCCAAGGAUCAAUUCUUCAACCGAUGUCAUCGUGAUACCCAUUCCAAUUGGGAAAGCAGAAUGGUUAAAAUGUCCAGUAAAUGCUCAUCCACCAUCUACCUGGAAAUGGUACAGUAAUGGCAACCCUGACCAACACAAGGGAGAGAAUAUCCAAGUAAAGAUCUCGAAAAAAGCUGACUAUAAGAACUACACAUGUGUAGCAACAAACGCGGUAGGAAAAGAUAACGUGACAUUUAUCCUGAAACAAGUCGGGGUGCCAUCUGUACCUAAGGUAUCUUGUGAUCGACGUGAAGACACAUCAGAUAGUCGYACACARAWRCUUCRCUGGAAAACUCCUUCUGAUGACGGCGGUGCCCAGGUGAUCGGCUACACAGUGAAAUACAGAAUACUUAGAGGUCAUAUCUAUAAAAGCUUAUGGCGUAAUAUUAAUGUCAGCUCUACUGAGACAUGGUACACACUAAAGCUAGACUGGGCAACAACCUUUGAGCUGACAGUAACAGCCUGGAAUAAAUACGGCGAGAGUAAACUGGAUUUGGAGCACAGUUCUUGCAUUGUGGAGAUUGGAAAGAGUCCUUCAAUGGUAGCUACCUCUAUUAGUACUACGUCUGAGGCUGUUGUAAUAAUAGCUGCUGUAAAGAACAACACAAAACACAUAAAGUCAUCAUCACUUCAUAAAGCCAUUUACAUCGUCCCCGCCGCUGUUGCUGCAUUGCUGAUAGUUGUCUUGGUUACUCUGCUGAUAAAGCGGCGACGUGCCAGAAAACAUCGCGUCAAAACAAACUGGGCUGAGCACCAUGUCAGUUUCAAUGCUCUCAAUCAAAUACUUGAGCCAUCAUUCGCUCUUACUGACCUGCGGUUAGGGUCACGUCAUCAGACAAUGGUUGGAAGUCCUCGAUAUCAGAUGGAUCCCGACUGGACCAUUCCGAAGGAGAGGAUUUGUGUUUUGAAGGUGAUUGGAAAUGGUGCCUUUGGUCUUGUCUACAAAGGACGUGUACAUGGAAUAGGGACAGAUAAUGUUGGCUGGUCUAUGGUCGCUAUUAAAAGCCCCUAUGCUGAUGCAACAGAUUCUGAAGUACGAGAUUUGAUGAAGGAGUUCGAGUUAUUGAAAACACUUGACCCCCAUCCCCACGUGAUCAAACUACUCGGGUGUGGCGAAGGAGAUGGGCAUCCUAUGGUUAUUAUCGAGUAUGUUCCAUUUGGUGAUCUGUUGGGUUAUUUACGUAAGAGUCGUGGUGAGAAUGAUGACUAUUAUUCUGAUCCUGAAAUCCAACCCAACACCAACCUUUCGUCCCAGCAGCUUUUACGGUUUGGUUGGAAUAUUGCUGAUGGAAUGGCGUAUCUUGCUUCUCAGAAGACUCCCUCUUGUACAAAAUCUUACAUUCUUUCUCCUUUGUACCCCUCCAUGAAGAAAAUCCUAGAUCCGUCCCCUGCAUUGGUAUCAAUGGUGAUGAUGGAUAGGUACAAUACUGAUAGAACCAUGUUAUAUCCACUUAGAUACAAUUUGAUGCUCCGUUGCUGGAAUAAAAUACCAGAUGAAAGACCAACCUUUCCGGAGUUGAAAGAGAUGCUUAUUGGGCUUGAAGACGCCCAGUCCAAGGAUUACAUCAACCUCGCCGAAUGUCUCUAUCAAAACGUCCAAGUCAACGACUCUAAAGGAGCAAGCGGAGGAGGGGACACGAUGCCAAGGAAAAGUUUAGCAAAAGAAAACGAUUAUCACAAGGGACCCCGUCUCAGGCUUGGCCCGUUUGAAUCGGAAUGACGUUAAGCAACGUGAAGAAUUUCAGAUGAACAAUUCGUUAUAGCAAGUUCGGUAUCCCAGUAAACUGAACCAACAAAUUAAUCGGUAUUCCAGUAAACUGAACCAACAAAUUAAUCGGUAUUCCAGUAAACUGAACCAGCAAAUUAAUCGGUAUUCCAGUAAACUGAACCAGCAAAUUAAUCGGUAUUCCAGUAAA